AUGAAUGAAUUUGAGAUGUCGGAUAUGGGUUUAUUACAUUAUUUUAUUGGCCUUGAAGUCCAUCAAGAUGAAGAUGGAAUAUUUCUGUCACAAAGUAAAUAUGCCAUGGACUUUCUCAUUAAAUUUGGUUUACUUAAUUGCAAGCCUGCAGCUACACCUAUGAAUGUUGGUGAGAAAUUACAGCUUAAUAACAGAGCACAAAUCGAUUAUGCUAGAAGUUUCAGAAGCCUGGUUGGAGUUUUGAUUUACCUAACCCACACUUGCUUCGAUAUUGCAUUCUCCAUUAGUGUUAUUUCCAGGUUUAUGCAGCAACCUUCAAAGGUUCAUUUUGGAGCAGCAAAAAAGGUUUUGUGUUAUAUCGCCGGAACUAAGGACUAUGAGAUUUGGUACUCACAUGUUUCCAAUUUUAGAUUAUGUGGGUUCAUUGAUAGUGACUAUGUUGGUUCGUUGAAUGAUAUACGGAGCAUUUCAACUUAUUUUUUCACUCUAGGUUCAGGUGUGGUGACUUGGACUUCAAAGAAGCAAGCUACAACAACGUUAUCAACCUCAGAAAUCAAGUAUAUUUCAGCAACUUCAGCAGUUUGUUAA